AUGUUCGACGACGCGCUGAGCGCGCACGCCUGGCGCGAGUGGUUCCUCGCGCUGGUCAUGAGACUCUUCACCGCGAGAUGCCCCGGAGGAUUACCGAAACUCUCGCAGGUCACGACGCUCUCGCCCAGGGUGACGCGGAUCUUAGGUCUGAACCCGAGUGCGCUGACGUUACAGGGGACGAACACGUACCUGGUGGGCGUGGGAAGGACGCGCGUGCUCGUGGACUGCGGCGAAGGGAGGUAUGGAUACGCCGAGAGCGUGCUCGAGACGAUGCGACGGGUCGGGUGCGAUAGGUUGAGCGCGAUCGUGUGCACGCACUGGCAUCCCGAUCACGUGGGUGGAUUGCGUAAGCUCAGGAAGGCUCUUGGGGCACACGUCCCGGCGUACAAGCGAGUUCGGAGAGACGCGGGUGAGCGGGCGGUGAGCGCGACCGAUAUUGCGGGAUCGAGAGCGUACGUGGACGUUCAGGACGGUGAUGUAAUCAGGGUCGAAGGUGCAACGCUUCGCGCGGUGCACACCCCGGGACACACGGUGGAUCACACCUGCUUCACGCUCGAGGAAGAGGGCUCGGUCUUUGCGGGCGAUUGCGUGUUGAACGGAUCCACAACGGAUUUCGAGGAUUUGACCGCGUACGCAACGUCGUUGGCGUUGAUUAAGGAUGAGCUGGAGUCAUUCAAGCGGCGCGGGGUGAGCGAGAACGGUGCGAAUAGGAUGUAUCCGUCGCACGGCGAUGUCAUCGAGGAUGGGAUGAAGAAAAUAGACGCGUACAUCAACCAUCGCGUCAGCCGAGAGAAAAUGCUCCUCAGCACGCUCAAGCGGCAUGCAGAGCCUGGUUUGACUAGUUGGGAGCUCACGCGAUUGGUGUACGCCGCGCUCGUUCCCACACUCGUGCUCUACACUUCGUGCGCAAAGAUCACGCGCCAACAUUUGAAGAAGUUGCUCGACGACGGCAUGAUCGAGGAGACGAUAUCACGAGGCGGGCUCGCCGCGCUCACGGGCGGUGUGCUCGGUGGCGACGUCGUUCGUUAUCGACCUACGGUUUCAGACUAG